GAGCGGGAGCGCGAGGACGACCUCGAUCGGCAGUCCCAGGCGUCUACAUACCACGAACGCCCGAGGAUUGACAAGCCACGCAUCACGCUGUCCACGUUCACGGGCAGCGAUCCGGACGCAUGGCUCAACAGGGCGGUGCAGUAUUUCGAGCUUAAUGAAACAGAUGGUCCCGAUCGCGUGAGGUACGCAGCUUAUUAUCUUGAUGGUGAGGCCAACGUAUGGUGGCAGUGGCUCACUAGGAUCUACCGCAAGCGCCAACAAAUUAUUACUUGGGAUGUUUUUGAGAGAGAGUUGCUUACGCGGUUUGGUACGUCCGAUUUUCAUAAUUAUAAUGAGGCUCUUACGCGCAUACGGCAAACAAGCAGCCUACGCGAAUACAUUAGGGAGUUCGAACGAUUGGCUUGCCGCGUGCGCGACUGGCCGGAAAAGGCACUAGUUGGCGCGUUUAUCGACGGAUUGAAAUUCGACCUGGCUGCUGAGGUACGACUCGAGAGGCCCGACACCAUGCAUGACGCGAUGGAAGUGGCCCGACGCCGGGAGGAUCACCUGUUUACCCCGGGGCAUCAGUGCAAGCAAGCCUUUGUCAUUGAGGUGGCCAACCCAGACGACAAAGAGGUUGAGGUCGAGGAGGAACCGCCUCAAGACGACGAGAUUAAGGUCUUCAGUGAUGAGCCUGAAAUCUCGAUGCACGCUAUGGUCGGGAUACGAGGUCCUCGGACUAUGCGCUUACCAGCUUGGGUCAAGGAUCGAAAGGUGAUGGUGCUAGUAGACAACGGGUCAUCCCACAAUUUCAUCAACGCCAAGUUAUCUCAAAAACUGAAUUUGCCAACUCUGAAUAUUGAACCCUUUGAGGUACGGGUAGCCAACGGGGAGAGGCUGCAAUGCACUAAGUCCUUCCGGAAGGUACCAAUCAGGUUUAGCGGAGUUACGGUGAAGGCUGAUCUAUAUGCCUUACCCCUGGUUGGACCAGAUGUAGUAUUGGGCGUCCAAUGGCUCGAAGGACUAGGCAAGGUGACGACCGACUAUCGGACGGGAAUUAUGGAGUUCAACUCCGACGGUCGUCAGGUCACCUUCAGCACCAGCCCUGAAAAAGAAGCUAAGGAAGUAGGGUUGAAGAGCAUCGAGAAAGUUUGGCGUGGUGGAGGUCUAAUCUUUGCCGUAGUAGUCGAAGAUGUGGGAGCGCACUCGAGCAAGGACGCACAACAACAGGGAGAUGUGCGUGAGCUUCUCGAAGAGCUUGAAGGAGUCCUGGGCGAGCCCAAAGGACUACCACCGCACCGGGA